CCCUCAAGUUUGAAACUUUUCGAAAAGGUGGAGUCAGGUUACAAACUCUGGUAACCAAACGCGAAAAGAGGGAGAAGAAAACACUUCAAUUAUUCACACCAGCGGCUCAGACCCAACACAUACCUGUCGGACACAUUUUACCGGCCUUAUAAGACAGUUUUAAGUCUUGUGUUGGUUGUUUAUUGGCUGUCAGUGUUAUUAGAUGGAGAUUUGAAGUACGAAAGAUAGACUUUAGACGCCCAGUAUCCGGUUGAAAUAGGCGAGAGACAUCAUGGACUCGUUCAGCACAAAGAACCUGGCCCUGCAGGCCCAGAAGAAGCUCAUGAGCAAGAUGGCGACCAAGGCGGUGGCCAACCUCUUCAUAGACGACACUAGCAGUGAGGUACUGGACGAGCUUUACCGGGUGACCAAAGAGUACACGCGCAACCGCAAGGAGGCCCAGAAGAUCAUCAAGAACCUCAUUAAGAUGGUGGUGAAGUUGGGCGUCCUCUACCGCAACGGCCAGUUCAACAACGAGGAGCUCGCGCUGGUCGAGCGCUUUCGAAAGAAGGUGCACACGCUCGCGAUGACGGCCGUUAGCUUCUACCAGAUCGACUUCACCUUCGACCGCCGCGUCAUGAGCAACUUACUCAACGACUGCCGCGAACUGCUGCACCAGGCCAUCAACCGGCACCUGACGGCCAAAUCUCACGGCCGUAUCAACCACGUCUUCAAUCACUUCUCCGACUGUGACUUCCUCGCGACGCUAUACGGACCUUCGGAAGUGUACCGCGGCCACUUGCAGAAGAUCUGUGAAGGAGUCAACAAGAUGCUGGAUGAUGGCAAUCUUUGAUGACUACCUGUUGUCUUUAUGGAAAUUAUUUGAACGUUUUCUUCAAAUGGAGCUUAAGCUCAGAAGAUCUUGUGCCUUAUUUGUGCAUUGGACGCUAAACGAAUGUAGAACAUAACGUCGUUCUCCUUGGCUCCUGUCUUUUUAGACACGACUCACGAGGUGGUUUACAGCGCAAACUCAACGCGACCCAACGCAAAUCUCGCUCCUGUUUGUCUGAAGGUAAUUUAAGAACUCAGAUUCACUAUCAGAGGAAAUGAAGGACCAUUUUCAAACCUUUUGAAGCCGAGAGGAAAUAUUAAUUUCAAGCACUGCAAACACAAAACGCACUGGUGUAUGAAACGUUUUAUCUCUAAUUUUAGGAAAUGAGUCUGCAGCAUCAAACUCUCGCUUCCAAUAAAUAGAUAGAAACGCUAACUCAAAAGGACUUUUUUUUUUUUUUUUUUUUUUUAUCUGAUGAUCAUCUUGAGUUUGAUUCUGAACUAUUUGUAAAAUCACCCCUGUGAUUUCCAAACUUGGUCAUAUGUGGUUUACGUCCGUCUUAUGUUUGUUUUUCACUCCAUACCGCCCUUGCUGAUGGGAGGUCUUUACCAUGAUGCAGUUUCUUGCCGAGGAACGAAGAAAUGUGCUAGAAUGUCACUGUACUACCUUUCAGCAUGUUUAUUUGCUGUUUUAAUGAAGGUUUUAUAUGUAUAAAUUCAUGCCUGAGCCGUUAUUUUUCCCUUAUACUUCAUUUGAUUGUUUUUAAAUUAUAUGAACACAGAAUUCAAUGUCCCAUUUCUGCUGUCAUUGUGUUUUAGCUCCAGCAGUUUUGACAGAGAUCAAAGGAAUACUUUGGGUAUUAUACUGGGUAAAGUUAAGCUCUUUCGACAUCCCUUGUGGAACGUUGGUUACCACAACAAAACUGUAAAAGCUACCGAAAGAAAUGCAGUGCGCUUAAUAGAAGUCUAUGAGGCAACUGUGUACUUGUCUCAUAGACCGCCAUUGUAAGUGCAAAUCUGCCCACAUUUUUAUGUUUGUGCGUGUUCUUGAUUAUAACCUAGAAUGUUCCAGUCUUUUUACAAAAUGGCCUAAAGUUUGAGUUAUUUGGAUAAUUUUGGGACUUAAAGGGUCUUAUUGAACAGUUUAAUGCGCAUUCUUAGCCUCCGUUUCUUUAUCUAUGCACUUAUUUUUAUUUCCUUUUGUAAAUCAAUAACAGAGGGUUGUCUGAAUUUGUCGUCUUGUGACUAGAUUGAGUAAAGCUAAAGCUUACAAAUAAAGUAUCAAAUAUUCCAAGGGAAAAAAGUGAAACUUGCGAGAAACUCCUCAGACUUUGGCAGCAGUCAAAGCCAUACCUCCUGAUUAUCCUCAAACCUCUCAGGGUUCAGUCUUGAGUGCGUCUUAGUUGUGGCGUUUUGGCCAAUUUAAACCGAUUAAGGACCGAAUACCUUGAUUUGUUUUGCAGAUGUCACCUGAGCAUUACAAGACUGUCAUUCACAUUUACCACAUGUUUUUAGAGUACAAUUUUCGUUAGUCACAAACAAGUAAUGUUCAUGUACGUUGUUUUCUUUGUUUUCUAGAAACUAUGUAUAUAAAUACAGUAUUUGUGUUUUUGUGUACAUAUAUAUAUAUAU